CUCUUCCAGGCUAUUGCGUGUGAAAGGAGUCCAAUCGUAAUUUACAGCCACUGAUCCAAUCAAGGCAACCAUUAUGGACUUUCUGCCCCUUAGUGGCUGGAUGGCUAUCGCCACAGCCGCCCUGCUGUGGUGGUAUUUGCGCGUCCCCAGCACGAUCCCCCGCGACAUCCCUCAGAUUCCCAUCUAUGCCUAUAUCUGCGCAAUCUGGUGGAAUAUGGGGCAUAUGGAGGUUUAUAAUCGCUGGGUUCGAGAGCCAAUGGAGAAACACGGAGCGGUUGCGAUGUGGUUUACUGGCAAGUGGUGUGUGCUUGUCGCGCACCCAGAAUAUCUCACCGAUCUGCUCCGUGACGGCGACACAUACCCCAAGAUUGGCAUCAACCGCCGGGCUCCUGGUGGCGUUCUUGGUAUCUUUUCAGGCGACAACAUUAUCAACACAAGCAAUCACAGCUGGGGAGUAUUCACGUCCAUCAUGAAGCCCGGUAUCCAGAAGCGGUUUGAACUGGAGCCAAUUCAUGAGAAAGCAAAGAGGCUGGCUCAACGGAUGAUUCAGGCUCAGGAAGUGACUGGACCAGAACAUGGAAUCCAGGCCAUGCCGUGGAUGGGACGAUUCGGUCAGGAUGUCGCCUCGCUGUGCUUCUUUGAUUUCGACCUGCAGGCCCUGGAUGAGCCGCGGGUUCCAUACGAGCCAGUCUUGUUUGAGAUCAUCAUGGCUCUCUUUAACCGGUGGUACUUGUAUUUUCCAGACCUGGAAAAACUGGGUCGUUUCUUGCCUUCCCGCAGAAGAGCAUUUAGCAAGAUCCAAGAGUACACCGACAUACUCGACAGCAUCGUCGACCACACCACCACCCGAAACAGCGAAAAGCAAUCAAAUGUAGUUUCGCACUCUCUGAGGGAGGCCCUGGAUAGUGGCCGGAUUAGCUAUGAGCAGUAUUGCGCCAACCUCCGCAUCACCUUCACGGUGGGCCAUGACAACGUCGAGUUCCUGCUCACUUCGGCAAUGUACGAGCUGGGCCGGAACACGAGGAUGCAAGAGCGUCUGCGUGCUGAGGUCCUUGCGUCCCCUAGUCUUGCCACGAACCCUGACGCCUUGAAUAACCUGCCCUAUCUGACGUCCAUCAUCUACGAGGUACUACGUCUCUAUCCACCCAUCGCUGAGAUGAUCAACCACACCCCGGCCCACACGGCGUUCCUUGGGGGCAAGAUCCCCGUUCAUCCUGGGACUCUGAUAGGUUGGAAUUCUUACGGGCUGCAUACCAACCCACACAUCUGGGGCUCUGAUGCAAUCGAGUUUAGGCCUGAGCGAUGGGGCAUCGAGGUUAAAGAUAUCCAAGCAAACGUAAGACGGCAGAAUGUGAAGGGUAACUACAUUCCCUUCGGCAUGCAUGCGAGAAAAUGUCUCGGGCAGGCGUUGGCCUUGACGGAAACUAAACUCGCGUUGUUUGAGAUGGUCAGACAGACCAAGUGGACUGUGGAUCCGAAUUACCAGCUGAAGAUCAGUGGGCCGAUAAUUACCAUUCCUUUGGGUUUGAAAGUUAUCGUAAAAGAGCUGGAUGGCGCUACCAAGGCAUAAUUAUGGAUACGUAAUAGAUGUAACUGGAGCGUUUCAGUGAAUAAUUUAAUGCGUAAUUGAUUCUUAAAAACC